CCAGUGGCCGAGGGAGGAAGCAGGCCAGGAAAAGAGGCAGAGUAGGGAGAGAGAGAGGCCUGACUAUGCUAAUUAACUCCGUGGUCAUUUGUUGAGUGCCUCUCAGAUGCUACCCUGUGCCGGGGAGUUCCAACCUCUGGGAAUCCCCAGUCCAGCAGAGGAGGCAGGUGAUCCUCACACAGCGACUGUGAAUCUGGAGAGGUGGAUUUGAGGCUGAGGAGCAACCUUCUAGCUCCAGGACUGGGUGCAUCCUCCCGCCAUGGCCGCCACCGCCUCCCCUCUGCCGCCCACCACCAAGGUGGCCAGUUCUGAGAACAGCAGCUCCUUCUAUGACUAUGAGUACUACCUGGAGGACAUGAUCUUCAUGCUGUGCAGGAAGGACGAGGUGCUGUCAUUUGGCAGAGUCUUUCUACCUGUCUUCUACAGCCUGAUCUUUGUGCUGGGCCUGGUUGGAAACCUCCUCCUCCUAGCGGUCUUGCUCCGGUUCGUGCCUCGAAGACGGAUGACCGAGACCUAUCUGCUGAACCUGGCCAUCUCCAACCUCCUGUUUGUGGUGACACUGCCCUUCUGGGGCAUCUCUGUGGCAUGGCAUUGGGUCUUUGGGAGCGUCUUAUGCAAGGUGGUGAGCACCCUCUAUACCGUGAACUUCUACAGUGGCAUCUUCUUCAUCAGCUGCAUGAGCCUGGACAAGUACCUGGAGAUUGUCUGCGCUCGGCCCUACCACCGACUGAGGACCCGAGCCAAGAGCCUGCUGCUUGCAGCCACUGUGUGGGCUGUGGCCCUGGCUGUCUCCAUUCCCGACAUGGUCUUUGUGAGGACGCAUGAGAACUCCCCGGGCGUGUGGGAGUGCUAUGCAGAUUUUGGGGGACAUGGGACCAUCUGGAAGCUCUUCCUCCGCUUCCAGCAGAAUCUCCUGGGGUUUCUCCUCCCGCUCCUUGCCAUGAUCUUCUUCUACUCCCGCAUUGGCUCUGUGGUGGUGAGUCUGAGGCCCCCGGGCCAGAGCCGGGCCCUGAGGAUGGCCGUAGCUCUGGUGGUGGCCUUCUUUGUGCUGUGGUUCCCGUACAAUCUCACCUUGUUCCUGCACUCGCUGCUGGACCUGCAAGUCUUUGGGGACUGCAGGGUCAGCCAGCACCUGGACUAUGCGCUGCAGGUGACGGAGAGCAUCGCCUUCCUGCACUGCUGCUUCACCCCCGUCCUCUACGCCUUCUCCAGCCACCGCUUCCGCCAGUACCUCAAGGCUUUCCUGGCCACUGUGCUCAGAAGGCAACAGGCCCUGCCGUCCAGCUAUUCUGAGAGUAGCGGGCUUACGGCCCAGGAAGAUGUAAUGGGCAUGAGUGACCUCGGGGAGAGGCCAGCUGAGAGCUUCCCCAACAAGGGGGACAGAGGGAAAACUCAGUGAGCGGUCACACCACAGUCCAUGAGAGCAGAGGGGACCCAGCUCCUUGGUGCAUCCACCGAAAUCUUCCCUUCAGAGGCCUCAGUGACCAUGUUGCUGAUCCCACUGGUCAGUUCUCAGUCCUCAGCCAUCAGCAGCGUUCGCUCUCUCCCUCCCUCACCCUCCUCUUCCUUCACUGCCCUCCCAGAGUCCGUACUUGCUUGCCUGAAAGGCCGCCUUAGUUUAACAGCUGACCUCUGUGCUGCCCAUCCUCGGGCUUGAGUGUCAUCUGAGCUGCACCCAGCAGCCCCUGACCACAGCACCCUCAGCAUCACUCCCACGCCCUGCAGAGUAGUCAGAUGUCUGCCACCCACCAGGCUUCCCCUUUCCCCGAAGCUCAGCUGGGAAAAUAUUAUCGUAAUUUUGUUUAAUAUCACAGUCCUCAUGCUGGCUCCAGGGGCUGGCUGUCAGGAGGGGCUGGAGGGUCUCCACCCAUGAGAGUCUGCAGGUGCGAGGCAGAGUAAACACAUAUUUCUGGUGGUGCAGGAGCUUCUCCCUCCUUCUGCCUCCCGUGCCCUCACUCAGGAGCCUUCAGGGGUCCCUCAGAGCCUACACCAUCAAAUCCAGGACCUUUGUCCAGUCUUAAAGCUGGACUUUUCACAAUCAGAAUCCCACACACCAUUUCAGCCCGACACUCCUUCUCCUGGCUUUUCAUUUCCUGGGCGCCACACCUGUUGCUGUUUCCUUCACAUUCCCAUCUCUGCUCUUGUGCUGGUUGUCUCCCUCAUGGAACAGGGGUCAUUUUCCAGCCAAGUAUCCCCUCACCCUUGUUUUGUAACUGAGUCCUACCUGCUCUGGGAAACCACUCCAGAGUCACUCUGUCCUGUGCUUUGGGUGGUGUUUGGGUGGGGCACGGGUCUUGGGCCAGCUUUGGCCUUACGUUUCCCUGGCACAGUGAUUCAUUUAGGGAUGGGCCCAGGCCCAGGCAGAACUUGUGAAAUGCAACUCGUCUAGAACAUGCUAGAACAGAGGCAUGAAACAGAAGCCAGGAGGGUGUAAGGUCUAGGGCUGCUCCUCCAUCAGCUCGAACUUCAGAAGGGGAGGUGACAGCAGUGAGUGAGCAGAUCCUGGGGUCAAUGCCAAAGCCCCGGAAUCAAGGCCCGGCUGAGGGACAUCCCAAGCCUGCACUUGACAGUGACACGAACCAAGGGAUGUCUUUUCAGUUUGGGGUGGCGGUCUUCUGUUACCUGCGACCUAAGGAUUCCCGACGGGUAUGCCCUGCCCGGAUGUUCCAUGUCUCCCACGGUCGGCAUCCUCCCUGUGCACCGAUAUGUCCACCGAGAAACCUUUCCCAGGGAGCCCCUGAGCCACAGUGCCGUCUCUCUCUUGGUGAGCUUCUAAAGCAUCACUGCUUUCUCCCACCUCCCAGCUGCUGCUGCUGCUAAGUCGCUUCAGUCGUGUCGAACUCUGUGCGACUCCAGAGACAGCAGCCCACCAGGCUCCCCGGUCCCUGGGAUUCUCCAGGCAAGAACA